AUGUCUGCGCCGUGGGUCAAGAACAUCGUAGGACAGGUGUGCGGCUUUUUCUCUGGGUUGGACUCGGAGGAGGCGAGCAGAGCCUUGUGGGAGGGAAAGUUUGCAGCAAGCAACGUCGCAUUGAAUGCUGACGCCUUCAGCCAUAUCGACCUUCCUCUCGAGGUGAAGGAAGGGAACAUCGGAACCCUUGGCGUCACAAUCCCAUGGGAACGGCUCAGCGACCAGCGGGUGGUGUUGACUGCGGAGACAGUGAUGCUGCGAGUUAGAGUCAGAGAGUUCGACGACUUUCUGCGGGACUAUGUCCAGAGGAAGGAGGAGAGGAAGGUGAAGGAGUGCAGACAGGACUUGUGGGCUCGACUGAAGCAGCUGCUGUUCAAAGAGCAGCUGCAAACUCCUACAAUGAUGAAUUUUCUCUUCGGGAUUGUGUUCCGAGUCGACAUUGUGAUCAAGAAGCUGGAGUUGGUUGUUGAGUACAUGACGGGGGUUGAUACUUCUUCAGAGUUCGUCCUGACAGCAGAAGAGUUGAACAUGCUAUCUGAGAGCAACGAAGGUGAGGGUCCGAUCAGGAAACACAAGCAGGUGAAUCUGAAGGGCAUCGAGUUGUCAUGGAGAGAGGGUGGACCUGUAACAGCUCAACGAAUGACAAGCAGCACAUCGAAGUCACAGACUAUCCUCCGCUCCUCCAUAACGGUAAACUGUAUCGUAAGCAACAAAGAUGGAGGACAGAAGAAGUCGCCGGGGGCUGUCAACCUGCCAUCCGAGGAGAUCGAGUUGACCUUGGGGCUCGACGAGUUGGACGUUCAUGUGGCGCCGAAUGUUAUCAGCGACGCAAUCAGUGUCGUUCGAAAGUUGGUCUUGUACUAUGAGAGAGCGGAGAGGCUCGUGCGGGGAAAGUUUGACCCGUCGGCGUUCAACUCCAGACGUCUUCAGUCAGUUGCUGAAGAAGUUGCCGACAACGUAAGGAGGAGGAGAUCAGAGCUCAACCUUUCGAAUGUCUUGGGAGCCAUUCGUACGGGCCGUCGCUAUCGUCAGUGCCUCUGGAGGUACCUGGAGGGCGUCUGCUCUGACGACGACAAGAAAGUCUCGGAGAGCGUGAAGGAGCUGGGAGACCUGGAGCAGGGAAUGCAGCAGACCACCAUCAUGGCGCUGAGAGAUGCUGUCUUCUCCAAGUUUGAGCCUGAGAGCGAGGAGAGGGCGCGAGGCGAGGACAAGACCUUGAAAACACUGUUGACGAAGAGUUUUGACAUCGGCGACCACGACGUUAGCGGUGACAUCGAUGUAUACAUCUGGGGCAACCGCCUUCAAGUUCCUGUGCUGGCUGUUGAGAACAGCCUGGAUGCUCUCCUACCCUCCGGCUGUCCGUCUUCAUUCUUGGCCUGGUCGCAAGUCGGAAUGAAAGCUCACGUCGUGGUGGGAACCUGCUCAUUCCAAGUCUCUUUAGCAACCUGCUCUGACGACCGAAGUCAAGGGACUCUGAGAAUGACGGUCGACGCUGUUGACCUGCAGGCAUCGAGGGACUCGACUGGCACGUUCCUCCUCGACCUCACUGUCAAGUCGUGCCAAUGUCGUCUGCAGGGCUCGAGGCAACUCACCAUCGUGGAGAAGAGAGGAGCGGACGACCUCUGUGUUCUCAGCAUGAGGAAGCACCAAGGAGGAGCAGGAGCAGGAGCAGGAGCAGGAGCAGGAGCAGGAGCAGGAGGAGGAGGAGAUCUUGGGGAGAUCUCGUUGUACAUAUGCCCGACAAGCAUCCGUCUGUCUCCAGACAUGCUUCAGUUUGUGGAUGUCUUGUUCGACAACCUGAGGGACGUGGUGGAGCUUGCGCUGAACCCGAGAUCGGUCGUCGAUGCCUCAAGGAGCAUAAGGAGAGGGAUCCUGUCAGCCGUGAGAAGCUCGGCAGACCAACUGAUAGCCGAGAAGCUUGCGAGGAGGAGACUGAGACUGAGCAGAGUAGAGGUACACCUGCCCAACGUGUCUCUCUCCUCCUCCUCCUCCUCUGCCUGCUAUCCCGCACGUCUGUCGCUGCAGGGAGGCAUGCUUCAAGUGGAAAACGUCUGCGAUAGCAGUUCCCAGGACGGCAACGAGUACAAGUUGACAUGGAGAGGGUGUGCCGUUGGCGCGGAGCUGUCAGAGGGAGAGGAAGGAGCAGCAGGGAAAGCUGCUGACAGUCAAUCCGGCGCGCUCAUGAGCCCUGUGGACAUGGAGGUGAUGAUCUCCUUCUCCUGCCAGGACCAGCUCACGUGUGAGGUGAGAACAACAUGCAGUCCGAUCAGAGUCUUGUUCACCAGCAAGCACUUGUCCAUCAUGACGUCAGUCAUGGCGGAGUACAAGUUCGUCAUGGCCUCCGCUCACAAAACUCUCCGCUCCCGCCACUUCAAGGACACGGUGAAUCACUUGCGUGAGAGCCUCCGAUCGAGCGACUACGAGAGAGAUUGGCUGAACCCGCUGAUGAGGAGGACGAGGAGCAGGGGUGAGGCGCCGGGGAUGAAGACAAGGAUACAGAUGAAGUAUGACGAGAUGAACUUGCUACUGAGAGUUCAUGGGUCAGAUCCCAGCAGCAGCAGCAGCAGCAGCAUGGUGAUAAGAUUUGAAGGCGCCGAGACGGCGCUGCAGCUGUUGGGCGAUACGACUGAGGUCAAUCUUUGUCUCCGUCAUGUGACGGUCAUCGGCGACCAGGAGAACAAUGGUGCAAGUGAUGCAGAGAGCGCGAUCAUCAGAGGUGGGAGCGAGUCCCAUCCCCUCCUCUCGGUGACCUUCAAGUCAUCUUGCUCGUCUCAGCCUCCCCUUCACUUCCGUCACGCCAUCGAGGGGCGACUCUCUGCCCUUGAGAUCGUCCUCUCCGAACACCUCUGCGACUGCGUCAAGGGUUGGAUAGACGCGGCAAGAGACAACCUGGCCGGUCCUUCUUCCUACAUGGAGAGCCUGGAGGGCCUGGGAGAUGCGUUGGAGGGCAGCAGGAGGACAGAGGACGCACGUCCUGCUCCUCUGACAUCGAGAGUCUCGCAUGAAGUCGCUGUGAACGUCGAGAUGUUCCCUAUCCUCCUUGUCCUCCCCGAGCAGGAGAUGUGCAGGUCAAGGCUGGAGCUGAACGCCUCUGGGUGCCGCUUCCUGCUGCAUUCCGACACACGGGAGGACAAGGUGUGGCUCGAGCUGACGGUGCUGCCGGUCAUGUUCGACCUGGUCGAGCGAGACGUCAGGAAGGGGCUUGUGAGGCUGGGGGAAGGGGAAGGGGAGGGAGGGGAGGGAGGUAGGGCAGUCUCUGUCAAGGUUGAGCAAGGGAGGGAUGAGGGAAGGGAUGUCAAGUUAGGAAUGGAGGCGAACUGCGGGGAUCUUGUGUGCAAGCUCCAAGACAAGGACAUCAUAGUGGUGUUCCAGUCUUGCAUCGAGUUUGCGGACAAGCUCCUGUUCCUGCAAGACUCGAUCCGCUCGCUCCUCGGCGCUUUCGAAGUUGACAAGGGCGUGUCAAACCCCCGGAUGUCUCCCCGGGACAGCGAGGGGGCACAAAACGUCGAGCCCUGGCUCUCGAGCCUCGUUCGGUCUUACAGCUCGGUCGAGGCUGCGAUCGCUGUGCCCCAGCUGAUCCUGCAGGUGGAGAGGAUGAAGGACGAUCACAGCAGCGAUCGGGACAGGUGGAAGGAGCAGGUGGAGCUCAUGGCCCGAGACGCUCUGCUCGUCGUCAACCUCGCUUGCUCCUCCUUGACCGUCAGGUCCCUGUGCCUGAACUUUGCUGACUUGUACGGAGAGGAGAGGUUUUCUGCCCCGCUCCUCCUCCUCCGCCCCGUCGCUACCAAGUCCAACCUCCUCGAGGCUGCCGCUGAUCUCGUUUGCAAGAGGAACGUCUCUGAAACCUCAGACCUAGUGCUCUCUGCCGCCUAUGAGAUCGCCAGAGGAGCAGGAGCAGGAGCAGGAGCAGGAGCAGGAGCAGGAGCAGGAGCAGGAGCAGGAGCAGGAGCAGGAGCAGGGAGCGAGACUUGCGGCAUUGCCAUGUUCAGCGCCAUCGACGUCAUGAUCGCAUUGGGGGACAUCCGGCUCAGCGUGUCGACUUCUCCUCUCCGCCUCUUGCUGGAAACAGUGGGCAGCCUUAUCAGAGACGUAAACAAGCUGAGUGAGGAGCAGGGAGGAGGAGGAGAAGGAGGAGGGAAGAAGGCGAGUCGGUCUGCGCUGUCGCUGCAGUCGUACUUGCAGCUUCUCGAUCCCUCGCCUGCUGCUCCUCUGCAGUUCCUGGCGGAUCAGAGGCAGAGGAUCUUCGACAGGAUGUUGGAACCAAACGCCGAGGAGAAACUCAGCUGGAGCAGGAGGACAAAGUUUCGCCUCCUCCCCUUCACCGUCACUGCCGCCUUCUGCAUGGACCUGUUCCAUCCUUCCUGCGAGAAGAUCUCCUUCUCCUCCUCCGUCUCCUGCGAGCUCCAGUCCUCCUGGUCCGAGCAUAGCGAGGAGGGAGGAGGAGGAGGAGGAGGAGGAGGAGGAGGAGGAGAGUUUGAGCAAACAUUUACACUGGUGGUCGAGGGAGCAUGCUUCCACUGCGACGUGCUGAACGAUCGCAUGCGUGCCGUCGCGUCCAACCGCGUCGUCCACGACCUCCGCCUCCUCCUGCGAUCGACGGAGACGAGGAUCUCGAGGGAGGCCCUUGUCGAGGUGGGAGGAGGAGGGGACGGGGCGAUCAUGGUACAAGUAGGACAGGAUGAAAUCUUGUUGUGUGCAGAGAUGGUCAUGUUGGUAGCAGACAUCUUCGAAACUUCGCUGCCCGUCUCCGCCCCGCACGUGAAGCGCAGGAGGUGGAGGAUGCUGAGGAAGUCGCAGGAGGAAGCAGCUACCACUGCGCAGCCCCGUCAGCUCCCGGCCACCUGCAAGACAGAGAACCUGGACAUCGUCCUUGCUCCUACUUGCGCGAUCUUACGACAGGACGUGGGAGGAGGAGAGCAACAAGAGCUGUUGAAGUUGAACGUACAUGCGCUCAGCAUCAACGAAAGAUUCGCGCUCUCAUCCGAUCGCGUCGAAGUCAACGUUGAGCUGUCCAGUGAGUGCAGGAACGAAGGGAAGAACAGGAUGGAGCCUGUCCUCGAACGAACUCCCUUGCAACUUCGUGUCGAAACGGACGGGGUGAGGAAGGGUCAAGUGCUUAACAUCACAACCUCGAAGAUGAUAAACCUUACCUUGGCUCCCGACCACAUCAGAAGCCUGGCGAUCUUCGUCGACGAUGUCGUGAGAGACAUCGAGGUUAUCGACAAGCAGCUCAGAGUCUGCAAGAACAUGAGGGUCGACAGGCUCGUUCCUCACAAGAGAACUUGCUCGUUCCAGUUUCAGCUCGAAGAGAAAGAUGCUGUCAUGGUGGAGAACAAGAUGCCUUUGCCCGUCGAUUUCCAAGUUUGCUUCCAGGACGGAUCUUGCGUCACCAAGACAGUCAGAUCGCAGAAGUCAGAUGUCGUCAGUAACGGCAAAGAGAUCAAGACUUGGAGAUUCAGGUUGAGGGGAGAAGACACGUGGGAGGAACAGAGCAACCUGAACAAGUCUCCAACAACAUGCCAGCUAUCGUCCUACAGGCAGGAACCAUUCCCCUCCUCCUGCUACAACGUCCGCUACGACACGAAAGGAUCCAAGACUUCCGUCCUCCUUUCUCCUCUCUGGAGCUGCUCCAACCUCCUCCCCCACACCCUCCUCCUCACCUCCGGCUCCUGCCACCUGCAGCAAGGCUCCAUCUCCAUCCGAUCCAACACCACUGCUCGGCUCUGCUUCGACCCGUUCCUGACCCCAGUCUACCUCGUCCUCGUCCUCGACAGCUACAAUACCCUCUACUCCCGCUCCUCAAUCUGGCCAGAGCAAGGCUUCUCAUCCGGCUGUACCUUCCUGGACAUGUUCGACGAGGACGGGAGGCGACUUCGUCUUGGAGUUGAAGUCUUCCUGCAAGAUCGCCAGUCUCCUCAAGUCCGAGUCAGCGCACCCGUCGUGCUUCUCAACAGGACGGAGCUGCCGCUCGUCUUCGCGACCACGGGAGCAGGAGAGGAGGAGGGGGAGGAGGAGCUCGUUAUGGCGGCAGGGCAGAGGACGGAGAGUCAGCCAGGAGCCAGCCGACCGCAGAGGAGCCAGCGCGGGGAGGGGAGGGAGGAAACAGCGCUGUCUAUGUCCUUUGAUCCUUCCAUGGAGCAAUUCGCUAUCAGCCUCGCAGGAUCGACGAGAUGGACUGUAACCAGUUUCUCCGACAUGUGCGCGAGUUAUGCGAGCAAGGGGAUGGAGAUCGUGGCCCGGGUGGAGGUGGAGGAGGAGGAGAAGGGGGAGAAAGAAGAGCAGCAGCAGCAGCAGCAGCAGCAGCAGGCGUGCCGGUCCCACGACCUCGUCCUCUCCUCGCACAUGGGAAAGUUUCCGUUCAACCGCACUAGGUACAUCAUAAUCGAACCGUACAUGACUGUGAUCAACCAUCUCGGCUAUGAAGUUGAAGUUGAUCAUCGAGUAGAGGACAAGAGCAACGGAGCAGGAGCUAGCACAGGAGCAGGAGGAGGAGCAGGAGCAGGAGCAGGAGGGAACGGUGGAGAUAAAGUUCGCUUGCUCGACGGGGGAAAAGCAAUGAUCAGCAGGGGCAGCAAACAGGAGGGAGAAUGGAAGAUGCGAUUCCGCAUCAAGGCAGGAGGAGGAUGGACGGGCUGGAGUGGGGACGUGUACCUGAGCGAGCAUACGAAGAAGGCAGCCAGGCUGAUUGUUGACAAGGAUGGAAGGGAUGUCGAGCAGUUGAACGUGAUUGUACACGUGAAGGCAGUUGGUCCUGCCAUGUUUGCGUGUCUGAAGAUGCAGUCCAAUGCCGGAGAUUUGUUGUUGCUCGACAACAGGUUGAGUUGCGAUGAUUGUCAAGUGUGGCAGAAGGGAAGUAAACAUGGCAAGAAGUUUGCGCUGCUGGUGCCUGCGGGAAAAUGUUUGCCGAUGUCGCUUGACGAGCCUGAAGGGAGUGAAGAAAUGAUGGUGAAGAUUGAGGGCAUCAAGGAAUUCUGCGUUCCCAUGGCGGAGGAAGGAGCAGAAGGAGAAGCAGAGGAAGAGACCAAGGCCAGGAAGAGGAAAAUUCGCUGGAAGGUUAAGGCCAAGACCAGCCUCGGGCAGAGCAUCGCCUUCCUCUCCCCCUCCCCGCGCCCCUGCGGCUCCUCCUCCGGCUCCUCCUGGUUCCUCUCAGGGGAGGCGGAGUGCUCGUGGGAGGAGGAAGGAGCAACCUACUGGAAGAGGAUGAGAGGGGAGGUCGGACACAUCACAGUCAACCUGCAGGAGGACUGGCUGUACGAGCUGCUGCUGCUCGAGCAGGAGACGCUGGUGCCUGCGGACGCGAAUCCUCCCUCCUCCUGCCUGGACGUGAAGUUCCUCGCAGAUGGAGGGGAGCUCGAGAGACUGACGAGCGGCUCUGUGGGAUGGGAGGAGCCGAGCUGGAGCAGGCUGGAGCAGGCGGAGGAGGAGGAGGACAGAGCUUUCUUCGAGGAGAUCCGCAUCGCUCCCAUCAGCUUCGACAUCAGCCUCUUCGGGCUCGGCGCUGCUACGAGGAGAGCAGGAGCAGGAGCAGGAGCAGGAGCAGGAGCAGGAGUCAUGGUGGACGUGUACCAGUGGCUGCGGGAGAUAGGAGCGACGAUUGUAAUUCCGGACCUCCACUGUCACGAGCUGAAGGUGGAGGAAGUAAAAGUCUCUCAGCUCCUGCUCGAGGACCCUCGCGAUGUGCUGGAGGACCAGGACCAGGACCAGGGGAAGGACGAGGACGAGGACGAGGACGAGGACGAGGGGGAGAGGGAGGAGGAGGAGGAUGAGAGGGAGGUCAACGUGGUGAUGGUACGAGAGCAGGUGGGCGAGACGGACGAGAAAAUUCUGGCGAAGCAGAAGGAAAAGGCAACGAUGCGAUCGCAGGGGGCAGCCUCCUUCAAAGAGGGGUUGCAGCAGGGCUUCUCAAUGGCGCGUGAGAACAUGCUUGAGGGGCUGAGAGGGGCUUCUUCAAAGGUCUAG